AUGUAUAGACCUCCCAGCUGGCAUAACGUCACAGAAGUAUCCUGGUUCAACAAAUGGGAGUCUGGAGUUACUACAGAUCUAAGCCAGGACCCAGAGUAUGCAGGUAGUAUGAAGUACCAACCAACUACAGACAAGGGCUCCACCCUGAGAAUCACAGACCUGAGAGAGAGUGACUCAGCUGAAUAUAAGUUUAGAUUUACAACAACUGCGGUAAAAUGGGGAUACAGCUUCCCUGGAACAACUCUGAUUGUCACAGACCUGCAGGUGAAGGAGACUCCUGGCACAGAGGAAGGGAAGGUGACACUGACCUGUAUCACCACCUGUACUCUAACUGACAACCCCACCUACAUCUGGUACAAGAACGGACAACUUCUCACCAACCCAAACACCCAAGAUAACUUCCUGAUCCUAGACCCAGUCAGCAGUGAGGAUACAGGCAGCUACUCCUGUGCUGUUGAAGACUACGAGAAUUGCCUGAAGAAGGCCUCCAAUUCCACCUCUGACACAAGAGACAGAAGAGACACAGCAGAGAACGGACAGAGAGACUCUAGUCCAGUGUAUGACAACAUCUCAGGCAUGACCAUGGCCCUUACUGCAGCACAGAGAGCGAUCACAGACGAGCAGGAUGACGUUACCUACCCCAGCAUCCAACACAGUAACCAGGAAGUGCCUCUGGACUCCACCGUCCCACCGUCUCACCCCUAG